AUGGGUCUCGCAAAUCCAAUCCUCAUCCAGGAUGUGCCUCGCUCAAGGAACGAGUCUCCGCCGUUGUUCCUCAUACACGACGCCAGUGGGCUUAUCACAAGCUACUACAAACUUGGCCCGGUAGGUCGUAAAGUCUACGGCAUCUGGGAUCCCAAGUUCGACCAGGAUGGUAUCGGAGGCUGGCAGACUGUGCAGGACAUUGCAGACGCAUACCUCCGCCUGAUACGCCGGGUCCAGUUGCGCGGUGAAAUCGUUCUUGGUGGCAAGUCACCCCUCUCGCAUCCUUGGGCCGGCAGAGGGCUCCGCGUGUCAAAGAUCAUCCUCGUCGACUCGGUGUAUCCGCGCUGCGAGAGGCCAGAAGCCCGCAAGGGCCCACCCCACGCAAGGCACGCGCCCAUGCUGCCGGGCAUCAGCGAGGAUACGCGAAACAAGCUGCUUACGGCGCUGAUGAGGGCAACCUGCAUUUCGGACCACUGGGACCCACCAGCUUGGUCAAGGCGCACGGAGCGGGCGGCCCGGGUCGUCAGGACGGCAGGGGAGAGGCCGGCGCCGCCGCCCGUGGUGCUCAUCAGAGCAGACGGCCUGGUGCCGACCCUGGAGAGGAACGAGAUGUGUCCGCUGGACAGGACGAGGUUCCUGCCUCAGCUGGGGUGGGAGGACAUGCAGGAGGGGUUUGUUUCUGAGGUGCUUCACACGUCGGGCAACCAUUACAACAUCUUUGAUGAGGCUCAUGUGCCCAUGAUCACAUCCUGUAUCCGGAAGGCACUUGACAUGGUAAUAGAGUAA